CUUGUGAUUGUAACGUAAAACCCCUAAACCGGAAAACACCGACGGACGGACGACCCUCUCCGCCGCCGACGAAUGCUGCGUUCGCGAGGAGGAGCGGUACAAGCUGCUGCUGCGAGCCCAGAGAAGACGGACGAGUCCCCGGUGACAAAACCCGACACACGGCGGCGACGCUCCACGGAUCUCCGCGGAGAGCAGAGGUUGAAGAAUGGAGUUGGCCAACCAUGGUCUUAUCCUGCUGCAGCAGCUUAACGCUCAGAGGGAGUUUGGCUUCCUGUGCGACUGCACUGUGGCUAUAGGAGAUGUCUUCUUCAAAGCCCACAAAGCUGUCCUCGCUGCCUUCUCCAACUACUUCCGGAUGCUCUUCAUUCACCAGGACAGUGACUGUGUGCGCCUAAAGGCUGCUGACAUCCAACCAGACAUCUUCAGCUACCUCCUCAACCUGAUGUACACAGGCAAGCUUGCUCCCCAGCUGAUAGACCCUGCACGGCUGGAGCAGGGAGUCCGAUUCCUGCAUGCCUACCCACUCCUGCAGGAGGCCAGCCAGUCAGUGUAUUCACAACGCGAGCAAAGCAUCAACCUCUCCACCUCCCUCUAUGGCAUCCAGAUCUCUGACCAGCAGGUGGCGCUGUCAGCCAGACUUGCCACUCGACGGCAGCUCUCCUCUCCCUUAGAUGUCGAUCCGCUCAUGUCAGAGGGGAAGUUUCCGUCCCCGCCCGCUGUCACAGCUUCGUACGGCAACUCCUCGCCAUCCAAGCUGGCUUCCUCGCCCCUAGACAUGGAGGCCUCGACCAGUGGCGCUAAGCCUGAGGCUGAGGAAGGGGGAGCCGACUUGCUGAGUGCAGAUGGUUCCUUGGUCAGUGCCAUCCUUCAUGUAAAGCCCAGCAUCAUGAAGAGGAGCGCCUCCUUUAGAAAGCAUUAUUCCUGUCACAUGUGCAGGAGCCGAUUCACCCAGAGAAGCUUGCUGAGAGAGCACCUCCUGCAGCACACCCUAGCUGUUCAGCAGACCCUGACUGAGUCCCGUAACACACUCUCACCUGUCAUGUCCGGAGAACACAGCAUGUUAGAGAUAGAGGGAAUCCUUAAGGGAAGCAAGCCAGGGUCAAGUGCCUCCGCUGCCAGUACAGCGGUCGAGAUAAUCAGUGACAACGAGCAAACGCCUGUUUCAGGCACCAACUCAGACUCUCCCCGAGCAGAAGUGUCCACUUCCAGCUGGGGGGUGGGGGGAUUGAAUUCUCAGGCAGACACACCCCCUCCGUCAGACAUUGCGGACAUCGACAACCUGGAGAGCGCAGACUUGGACCGGGAGGUGAAGCGGCGGAAGUACGAAUGCUCCACCUGUGGCCGCAAGUUCAUCCAGAAGAGCCACUGGCGCGAACACAUGUACAUCCACACGGGAAAGCCCUUCAAAUGCAGCGCGUGUGGCAAGAGCUUCUGCCGCGCCAACCAGGCAGCCCGCCACGUGUGCCUCAACCAGGGCGCCGACACCUACACCAUGGUGGACCGACAGAGCAUGGAGUUGUGCUCCGCAGGAGACGACAGCAGCCAGAUGGAGGCGAUGUUCUUGGGCUCAUCAAAGCCUUAUAAGUGUAACAUUUGUGCAACCACCUUCUCCAGCCCCAAUGAGGUGAUCAAGCACCUGUGCUUCACCCAGGGGGGGUUAGUGGGACUUCAGGGAAACACAGGCGCAGGAAUGCUGCUCCAACGUGAAGAUUUGUCUAAAGAUGAAGGCUCUGAUGCUUCCAACUCUGGCACCCCGCUAGAAUCCAUAAAGACUGAGGAGAUCCUUGUAGAGUAGUGCCAAAACUGUGUUUCUGUCCUUUUUAACACUUUCUAAAUUAUGGUUAUUAGUAAGCUAAAGCUAGUCAGGGUAUGUAUGUUGGAGGUUGUUGAGCUAAUAAUUAAAGUUGUUUUGGUUUUUGUUGGGUUUAUUAUUUUUGAUUUUUUGUUUAUUUGAUCCUGUGUGAAAAUGUUUAAAGUUAAUGGCCUUUAGCUCUCAGGAGUUAAAACCAACAUCAUAAAGAAAAGCAAAUAAUUUAAUUGGCCCAAUGUUAAGUUAAACACCAACAAGGGAGAUGAAAGUGAUGAUGUUUCCUCUUGUAGUUUUAGAGUCUCGCAUGUCAGCCUUCACCACGAGUUUCUGUCGCGGUGUACAAAGGGAAGAGGAAGCUGAGACAGUUCCGGAAGAGAAGGCAUGUUGUGAGAUGAGUUGGCUGAGGGAAGGUUUGAGGAAAGGAAACUACUAACAAACCCACUCGAGCUGAACAGGACAGUUGUUUCUCUAUGGUUGUAUUUAGCGUCUGAUUCUGCACAUCCGGUAUAGAUUAUAAUCCCUGCUCAAAGCACACAGAACAUUCAGGCCUGAGACAAUCUGAGUUGAUGCCCGAUAUGUAGGAAAGUACAUUUGACUUCCAUUUACGUUUUGGCUCAGCAGAAUAAACAUCUUGAAAUUGUCAUGUUAUGAAAGUUAAUCACACCCUUCAACGCAACCAUUUAGUUGUUUAUUCUGUGUUUUGUUAUGGUUCCUGUGUGAUUGCAACAUAUUAAAACAAAUUUCAUCAUAUAAAUUGGAAGACAACAGAUGUUGGUCAAAUCACAAGAAACCUUGAUUAUUUCAACUUUUCUUUUUUUUCUGUUAUGUUGUGUAACUUUAAAGAAACAUGUUCCACCCCCCCACACACAUACCUUGGUGCGAGGUGAUCCUGUAAAAUGUCUGCGUUAUCAUUUGCUUGCGUCUAUCCCUUAAAUUCAUUUGACAUGCUUUUCUAAUUUUAUAUACAGCGCUAUAUUUACAAAGAAUACAUUAUAUUUCAAAGUUGUAUAUAUCUAUUAGUAGAAAAAUAGGUUUCAAAAUAGGAAUACAUUUGGUUUAACAAGAGUAUGUAUUAGGGAUGGGCAUGAGUGAAACCUGAGCUUGAUUAUCUUUGUUUAAACUUUUAAGAAGAACUUAUAUUUUAAAGAUAAUUCUUUUCCCAUUGCCAAAUUUUUACUAAUUGCUAACCUCCUUAUUCAUUUUGUACAAAGGGAAACUUUCUCUGUAUUGUAGAUGGAUAAUAUUGUAAAUCUUCUGACAUUUAUAUUUGUUCUUUAUCUUUGCCCAGAUCAGAUAGGAUAUGUAGUGCAACAUUAGUAGUUUAUUUUAAAGGACAAAACAUUGAUGGGAGAAAAUAUGCAGGUGAACAUGGUGAAGUUUGUUUCAGCGUGGAGGACAUUUAAACUCAGGCAGAUGUUUGCGAGAAAUCCAUGAUCAGGGUGACGUCUCCCUGUGGUAGACUGUCUGGACACGUGUUAUAUGAAAUGUGUUAUUUAUUAUAAACUUACAGCAACAUCUAUUCUUUGGGACAACACUUCCUGUGUACUACUGAUGACUGGAAAUUGUGAAACAUAUUUACAAACAUGUCCAAUAAAUGUGAAGCAAGCAAAAGGAUGAGGCAGUUACGUAACUGGUCACGUUUACACAUGUAAAGCGUGAUAAGCUCCAGCAGUAUCAUUUUGAUAUGAGAUAAUACCAGGAACAUAUGUUUUGAUUUCUAUGUCGCAAA